CGAAAAGCAAACUUGACAACUAAAAAGAGAAGGCCUGAGAUUUGAGGGACCAUUGUGAAUGCCAAUACAAACAUAGGGAAACAUUGUGGUCAUUUCUCAAAAAUUCAAAUUGAUAGCCAUAAUCCUAAUUCUAUAGGGUUUUGUGAGUCUUUUGAAUGUGAAUAUUGGAGCGAAGGGAAGGAGCAUGAGCACCGGCAGUUCGCUGACAUCAUCACCGGCGAGGUCAUCGAGUUCAACGAUGGCGAUGAUCGGAGGGAAUGCGGGACCCGCAUCAUCUAUAGCCGUUGAUGAUUUCAACUUCCCAACUGAUCUCAUCUCCAUUCAAGACCGCAAAGACGAGGCUCUUCAAGUUCUCAAAUCUGAUCUAAUGGCUUCACUGAACAAAGAGGUUAAAUCCCUUGACGAGGAUAGCUGGAUGUUUGAUGGACCUAGGUCUUGCAUUCACAGGAUUUCUAGGCCAGGUCGUCUUCACAAACAUGUAGAAAUUGGGAAGCAGAAUUCUAAGUUGGCAGCCACAUUAAAAUGAGGAAUUUUUCUUGCUGAGAAUUGUAAUAGAAUAUAGUCUUUAUGUUAAUGAUUUAAUUUUUGCUACAAUGAUUUUGCCGAAGCUUGAAUUUCAUGGCUAGAUUUAGGAAGUACCCUUUCAAUGUCAAAUAUGGAUUUGUCUUUGGAGCUAUUAAUUAGCCGUUUGGCCGUGAAAAUCAGUUUUUUCAA